AUGUCAUGGGCUACGGAUGUCGACGGGGACUUUGCUCUCCACAAUGCUGGUACCACAGUCAUCUCCGCCGAAACCUGGGGCCUUUCAGCUUGGACCAAAACGGCAAAGAUUUCCACCGAGCUUGCUGAUGGAAGCGCGCAGCGAUACUUCCUCAAGUGUGCCAGCGGAAAAUUGGCCAGGGUUCAUAUGUGGGGAGAGCACUACUCUGCCACAGUAAUUGAGUCCAAGGUGCCAGGCUUUGGCCCAGAGCCGGUCGGCAAGGGGGAGUUCAUCGACGAGUCCGGCAACCAGGUCUAUUUUUACCUCCAAAAGUACCACGACAUGGAUGUGCAGACACCCCCCGACCCAGCCGGGCUAGCCACCGCAAUCGCGGAGCUCCAUACAAAAGCAACGUCCCCGAACGGCAAGUUUGGCUAUCCGCUCGUAACGGGGCGCGGCAGCGUGGACCGCGCGGAGCACUGGAGCGACAGCUGGGCGGAUCAGUUUACAUACCUCCUCCAGGACCUUAUCAAGCUGGACAACCAGGUCAACGGGCCGUGGCCUGAGUACGACGCCGCAUGCAAGCAGUUGUUCGACGGCGUGAUUCCGCGGCUCUUGGGAGCUCUGCAGUCCGAGGGCCGAGAGAUCGUGCCGAGCAUGUGCCACGGCGACUUGUGGGAAGGCAACGUUGCUACCGAUAUGGAGACGGGCAAGGUCAUUAUCUUCGACCCGGAUGAGUGCAUGUACGCACACAACGAGAUCGAGUUUGGAACAUGGCGGUGCAGCUGGGCCACCCACUUCAAGUCGCCUGCCUACAUCCAGCAUUACCAGAUGGAAGUCGAGCCGUCUGAGCCGGUCGAGGAGUGGGAUGACCGCAACCGGUUGUAUUCAAUCAAGACGGCUAUCUGUGAUUCUGCUGGUCACCGUGGCAGCAGAUCGAGGAUCAUAGCGUAUAACGAUAUGCUUUUCUUGUGCGAGAAGUACGCACCUCUCGAAAGUCUGGAACGAUAUGAUCCAGAAAAGGACAUCAGCGUGACCGGGGUGGUGGAGGCGUACGAUAUCAAUGCAGGAGUAUGA